ACCUCAAAGAAGAAGAAGCCGGCGUACGUUAUACCUGCUCCUUUCGCUGUUAGCUGAAAAUCCCGUUUGAGCAAAUCGAAAAAUAAAUUGACCGCAGGUUCAAGUCACUAAUGUAUUACUUAAGUGUAAUCGGCGCAUAUUGUAUUUAUUUUUAAAGAGGAGAGCUAACUUCUGUUGUAAUAGGCAUUACACAUACGUUAGCUAGCCUGCUAUUUGCUAAGUAAGCUAAUAGCUAGCAAGGUUCUCUAAGGUUUUGAAUCACAUGCGCGAGUAGCUCAACUAGUAAGUUGACGUUAGCGGUCAUUAAAAAAAAGCUAUCUAGCUCGCUAACUCACCCUAAUAUUAUAUUUUCAUCAUUUGGUUGCAGUGUAUAGUGUUUUUGAGAUAUUAGGAGUACACCGCAAACGUUGUCGUUUAUGGGAUAAUGUCAAUGAAGCAGGCCGGUGGUAAUCGCAAACCCGGCGGUGGUGCUGCCGCUGGGGCCGGACGACAGAAUUUGGGCAGGGGACGGCAUAGUGCCAAAGGUACUUCGGCAGCAGUUGUCUUCAACGGUGUAUAUGCAAACAUGAGGAUGGUCCAUGUCUUGACAUCAGUAGUGGGAUCCAAAUGCGAACUGAAGGUUAAAAAUGGAUUGGUUUAUGACGGAGUGUUUAAAACAUAUGGCCCAGAGUGUGACCUGGUCCUAGAUGCAGCCCACAGGAAGAUCCCUAAGCCCAGCGAGGGCCCGCGACAGGAAGACAUUGUGGAAAGCAUCAUCUUCAAGGCUUCUGACGUGGUGGUGGUGCACUUCAGAGACGUGGACCUCAAUUUUGCCAGUAAAAUCUCUACCGACACAGACAACUUCACGGAUACGGCGGUGAGCGGCAGAAUCAACGGGGAGCACAAGGAGAAGGACCUGGAGCCGUGGGAUGGAGGGGAGCAGCAGCAGCACGUUGUCUCAGGCAGCCUGGAGUCCCUGGACACAGACGUGUCUAAUGGAUGGGACCCGAAUGACAUGUUCAAGUACAACGAAGAGCAGUAUGGCAUCAUGUCGACCUACGACAGCAGCCUGUCUACCUACACUGUUGCCCUGGAGCGGGAUAACUCCGAGGAGUUCCUGAAGCGGGAGGCACGGGCAGCCCAGCUGGCGCAGGAGAUCGAGGCCAGUGCCACCUACAAGGCCCGCGUGGCCCUGGAGAACGACGAGCGCACCGAGGAGGAGAAGUACUCAGCUGUGGUGCGCGGAGAGCGGGAGCCACACACACUCAACAGAGAAAACAAGUACAUUCCCCCGGGCCAGAGGAACAGAGAGGGGAUGUCAUGGGGAGUGGGUCGUCAGAACUCCCCCAAGUUGGUCCAGAGCAGCAGCGGACCUCCGCGGCCAGGUCCCCAUGACUACAGCCCCAGCUCUGGAGCCGACCAGCGGGUUGUCAACGGAGGUACCGCCUCGUGGCCAUCUCCCUGCCCAUCUCCCUCCUUGCGUCCUCCUUUUUGCUACCAGUCAGGGCCCUCUCUCCCAACCAGGGUGGCCACACCCACCCGGCCUCCCUCCAGACCUCCCUCGCGGGCUUCCCGGCCCUCGUCUCACCCCUCCGCCCACGGCGCUCCAGCUCUCGUCUCCACUAUGCCCAAUAGACGCAUGUCCUCCGAAGGCCCUCCCAGAAUGUCACCGAAGACACAGCGCACCCCACGCACCCACAGAGUUCCCCCUGGGGGUAGAGUCCCUCCGGGAGUAGACUUCAUGCCCCACAAUGCUCCAGGAGAGGUGCCUGUGCCCCCGCCAACCCGCAGCAGCUCUUCCGGUGGCACCUGGUCUUCCGUGGUCAGCGGAGUACACAGGCCUCGCUCCCCUCGGCAGAACAGAAUGGGCGGGGCCUCCCCUGGCCCUUCCUCCCUCCCCUUGGCCCAGACUGGGACCACCCCCGUAGAACCUGCUACCACACAGUCAGCCUCAUCACCCACUGCUGCUAGCCCCGCCCGGGAUAUGGCCGCCACUCCCUCAGCAGAGGCAAAAGAGUCUCGGGUCCAGGAGACGAGACAGAACUCCCCUACGGCCAACAAGGAGAACAUGAAGCCUCUGGAGAGCCCCCCUAGUAUCAGCAGACCCCUCUCUAAAGGACCCCCCUCCAUGGCACCAGACCACAGAAAACAAAUAGACAACUUAAAGAAAUUUAGUGUCGAUUUUAGGUUGCAGUCCAGCUCUAACCCAGAUCCACAGUUUGAGCAGAUGAUGACCAAGCCUUCACCAGAUGCCGCGGGAGAAAAGCCCAAGGAGCUUCCUUUGGACAAGGGUUUGGAGGGGUCUGAGGAGGGCGCUGUGGCCCCCACCGGGAGCAGCAAGACAGGCAGCCCUGGAGCACCAUCCUCCUCUACCCUCUGUCCUGCCACGGAGCAGAAGAGGGGGCCUGACGUGACCUCACAGGGUGUCCAGACAUCUGCACCCACCUUCAGCGGAGGGGCCAAGCCUGAGGACAAAGAAGAAAAGGAGCCAGUCAAAGAUCAAAUCAUGACGUCGACUCUCAAUCCUAAUGCCCAUGAGUUCAAACCCAGGGUGUUCAAUACUCAGCCCAAGCCGGCCACCACUCCAACCCCCCCGCGACCCCAGGGCCAGCCCAGCCCCUCCAUCGUGGUGCAGCAGCCCCAACAAGUCUACAGCCAGACGGUCUGCUUCCCCCAGAUGUACCCUCUGACCCCAGUCAGCCCUGGAGUUCAGUCUCCAGCGAUGUACCAUGUCCAGAUGCCUCAUAUGACGGUGAGCCAGUCCAAGCCCUACAGACCAGGUAAAGUAGCCAACAUGCCCCAGCAGAGGUCAGACCAGCACCACCCCCAGGGCACACCCACCAUGAUGCACCCGGCCCAGGCCGCGGGGCAGCCCAUUGUGGCCCAAAGCCCCACCUAUUCAGCCCAGUACUUCACCUGCAGCCCACAGCAGUUUACCAGCCAGCAACUGAUGCAGCAGAUGCCCCACUACCAGUCACAGGCUCAGCAUGUGUUUAGCCCGGUGAUGCAGAGUCAGGCCAGGAUGAUGGCCCCUCCCAACCACGGCCAGCCCGGCCAGCUGGUCUCCUCCUCCACCACCCAGUAUGGCGAGCAGACUCACACCAUGUAUGUGUCACAAGGCCCCAUGCCGCAGCAGUACCAGCACCCCCAACCCUCGGUCACGCCCACAGGCCAGGCCCAGCAGGGCGGGCAGCAUGGGGGAAACCACCCGGCUCCCAGCCCCGUCCAACAGCACCAGGCUGCAGCCGCCCAGGCCCUGCACAUGGGCAACCAGCCCCAGCAGCAGAUGUACCAGGCCCUGGCCCCCACCCCGCCCUCCAUGACCCCGGGGACCAACCCCCAGUCCCCCCAGGGCAGCUUCCCCUCGGCCCAGCAGGCCGUCUACCUCCACCCCCAGCAGAUGCAGCACGGCUACAACCCCUCCCACAUGGCCCACAUGCAGCAGGCCCAUAUGCAGUCUGGGAUGGUUCCCUCCCACCCAGGCCACCCUCAGAUGAUGCUGAUGGCCACCCAGCAGCCAGGCGGCCACCAGCCCCAACUCCCCCAGAACGCCCUCAACCCCAUCCCGGUGUCCUCCACUACACACUUCUCUUACUUGGCACACCCCCAAGUGCAACAGCACCAUCAGUAGCAGCUGUGGAGGGUGCUACUGAGAACAUUGGACCCCCUAUCCAGCCCUCGCUCUCUUCAAGGGUCUUGACACAGAAGCCACACAGAUCUCUCGUCAUGCUACUACACAUAUGCUUUCCUCUCCCAGCCAUAAAGAAUGUUCAACAGGUUGGAGUUUGAUUAAUAACAGAACGGAUCCCGCGGUCUCCCCCCCACACACACACACCUUUUAAGAAACCUGCAGAGGGUCCCUAAUAAAACUUGAUUCAGCUUGCCAAUUAAGAAUUGCGAGAAAGAUAUAAUUAUCUGCACCUUGAUAUGAAAAUUAUUUUAACAGCUGCUGCAUUCAAGACUUCAGAACAGGUUUUAACCAAACUAAAACAAAUUAGAAUCUUCCUGUAAUUAAUAACAAGUUCGGCCUGAAGGACAAACAUUAUUUAUUAAUUAUGAUGGCUAAAGUGAUCCCACUUCUCACCUGACCAUUAUGUAACUUUUACUUUGUAGAUAAUAUAAAUAAUUUAAAACAUUUGGGGGGGGGAAUAAAAAAAAGUUUUAAAAA